AUGUCAGGCAUGGAGGAUGCCAGAGAGCAUGAACAGAUCGAUGGAAGCAUGCCAGAAGACUCUGGAAAAUCUAUGCCGUCAUCCAAACAGGAGGAGGAAGCUGUGAAGAAAAAGUAUGGAGGUAUCAUUCCUAAGAAACCACCACUCAUUUCUAAGGAUCAUGAACGUGCUUAUUUUGACUCCGCUGAUUGGGCUCUUGGAAAGCAAGGUGCGGACAAGCCCAAGGGACCACUUGAAGCACUCCGGCCUAAAUUGCAGCCAACACAGCAGCAAACACGAUACCGCAAAUCUCCUUAUGCUCCAUCAGAUGGUGAAGAUGGAAGUAACGUUCCCUCGGAUGAUGCCACUGCAAAAUGA